AAGUUCGACAUUGUAAAAAACUUAGCACCCGUGGAAUACCGAGCCAGGGUCCCGGUGCGAAGCCCCGGUGAGGUCCAGGGGCGAAGCCCUGGCUGGGGGUUGGGGGGGGCGCAGCCCCUCCACUCAUAAAAAACAAUUUAACUGUUUUUUAAUUUUUAUAUAAACUACUACUAAUUGAAUAAGAACUGUCUGAUGAACUCAUCUUUGUUUAAUAGUUCAUUAUUAAAUUUUAUUUCCUUUUGUUUAUUUCACUUUUACACUAAACACAAUAUUGCGAAUUACCCGAACACAACAAUGGCGACGAAUUUUAGGUGCGUGAGAGCAGACGUAGACACUAACGCGCAUGCGCACUUGUCAGUACCCAGGGAGGAAAAGUUAGACCUUCUUCCCUGUACAGAAGGAGGAAAACCGAGCUUUCGGUGUAGGUAGACGAAAAAAUCUAUUCUUCUCCACUCUAUACUAUCGAUGAAUUUCAAAUAUUGAUUUUCUGCGCCAAGUGAAGAGAAUGUGAGUUGUGUUUUCUAAAACCAUUCCUUUGUGCGUUGUUCAUUAGAUGCGCUCAACAAGCGUUAACGGGCGAGGACUCCGUUCUCCCCGAACUUCCUCCGGGCGAGGCCCCAGAACCGAUCAUAUCCUUCAUGGAAAGAACUUACAAAGUUGGUAGAGGACGAGCCACAUUCGAUGCCGGCGAUCCCUUACUCCUGACUCCGUUUAUCGAACAGAAGAAACUUAAGGAAGGCAGGGAAGCGGCAGCCGUUGACGCCGAUUAUUUAUUACCAGACAUGGAGAGCUACGCAGGAUAUCUGACGGUCAACAAAGAGUACAAUGCAAACCUUUGGUUCUGGUACUUCCCUGUAUCAGGAAAGCCCAUUGAAGAAACUCCUUGGAUAAUAUGGUUGCAAGGAGGUCCCGGUGCUUCAUCGCUUUAUGGACUUUUUACAGAGCUCGGACCGUUUUUUGUUACUGAGGAUAAUCACUUAGAAGAGAUGAAAUAUUCAUGGGGCAAGAACCAUUCGCUUCUGUUCAUCGAUAGCCCUGUUGGAACUGGGUUUAGUUUCACGGACGAUGAUAGAGGAUAUGCUACUAAUCAGACAACUAUCGGUGAGAACCUAUACACUGCUCUGCAGCAAUUCUUGACAUUAUUCCCGGAACUCAGGAAAGCGCCACUUACAAUUGCCGGCGAAUCUUACGCGGGAAAACACAUACCUUCCUUGGGGGUACAGAUAUUAUGGCACAAAGAGGAAGACGAUCCUAUUAAUUUGAACGGUCUAGCUAUAGGCAACGGUUUCAUAGAUCCCCUAACGCUUCAAAGAUACAGCCACUUCGUGCGCGAAGUCGGUCUCGUGGACGAUAGAGUCGCUGAUUCUAUGAACCACCUUGAAACAGCUGUAACACAGUUUAUCAACAACGGAGAGAUGCUGAAAGCUUAUGCUUACUACAACUAUCUUCUGACAUUGUUUCUAUCACACUCGCGCUUGUCUAAUCUCUAUAACUAUCUACAAGAAGAGAUCAGUUUAGACGGAGCGUACAUGGAUUUCAUACAAAGGGACGAAGUGAGGCGCUCUUUACACGUUGGCAACACUAAUUUCACUUCUAUAGGAGUUGUGUACAGGAAACUGGUGCCAGAUUUCAUGGGAACUGCUAAAAUGUGGCUAGAGGAACUGCUUGAGAAUUAUAAAGUCAUGCUUUACAAUGGACAUCUGGACAUCAUCGUGGCCUAUCACCCGUCAGUAAACACCUACAAUAACCUGGCAUUUUCUGGUUCGACGGAAUUCUUAAAAGGAAAGCGGUUACCCUGGUAUCAUGACGGUGAUUUAGCUGGUUAUUACCGAGUAGCUGCAAAUCUCACCGAAGUAAUGGUUCGGGGGGCCGGUCACAUGGUACCGGCAGACAAACCAGCGGCUGCACUCGGCCUCAUUUCAGCCUUUGCGCGCGGACUGCCUCUCAAUGAAGACACGGGCAGCCUGGUGAACGCUGAAAAAAAUUUGCUGCGGAAACGAGAAUUGCCGUUGAAAUAGUCAAUUUGUUGUACUCAUGUUUUGUUGCUAGAAUGCUCGGAUAUAUUAUUGCCAUUUGAUAACUUAAAUCGAAUAAAACUUUACACAAUUUA